AUGGCGGACACAGGUUUUCGUUUUCCUCGUCGCAAGAAAGGUGCUAAAUCCCACCCAAAAGAUGCUCCAUUUCCUGUUCCCAUUCAAAGUAUCACGUCCAAAGAGCCUUGUAGUGAAAGAUGGUAUUAUUACACUGGACAUUUCAGAGAUAAUUGUGUGGUAAUUGAAGAUCUAGGCGACCUUACUUUUCUCUAUAGGAUGGUAAGUCUCCAGGGAUUAAGUAAAUCAUAACUUUGAGGUAUAUUUACGUUUACUUUUCACCACAUUUGAUAUACUAGGGUUAAAAUAUGAAGUAACUCUAUGCCUUUUUAGUGCAAAUUCCUAUUUCAUUCCCAAGCCUUGUCUGAUGUUUUUGGUGUUGUUACUUUUAAACGGAACGCGCACGUACUGUGUUUUUAUGUUGCAGGGUUUCUUUGGUAAAGGUUUCCUAUCAAGGAGUAAACCUGAAUAUGAAGUGAUUUCAAAUAUUUCACAAAAGGCUUUUUCAAAGUCUGAAAAACUAAGAAGAUGUAAGUGCAGAGAAUUGUUAAUUUUAAUUGAUCAUUUUAUUGAUUACUAUGAUAUAAUAACUUUGUAAUUAUUAUAAUUAUAAAUAACAAUUUUUAUUUUAGCCAUAUGUUUUCCAUUUCUCAUAGUACCACCAAAAGAAAGAGAAAUCAGACAAUCAAAGUUUCGAGUUGUAAAAAAAGAACGGUAAGAAAUUGUUAACUUUCUACCACCUAAUAUUUUAGACAUUGAUUCCACUGCCAAUAAUAUUUUAAGCUUGCUGCAAUGCUUUUUUUACGUAAUCUGGCUGAUCUGCUGACUUUUAACUUUCUGUGAUUAUUAAUUUUUAUUUCAUUUUAUUUUAUUUAUUUAGUUUUUGUUUGGAAACUUGUAGAUGUAGAUGUACAACAAAAUUGGCUUUUAAACCUUAUAUUAGUUUCUUUUGACCUGGGAUUACAUUAUUAAUAUUCAUUUUUUAAAUCUUACCUCUUUAAUUUCAAUUAUCAGGUUUAAAAAUCAUAAGCAAUGGUGGGAACAGAUAAAUGGUGCAAUUCUUACAGAUGAUCCUUUGAAAUUGGAGUGUGAAGAAGCUGAAGAGGCUGUAGAUACUUGCAUAGAAUGUCCACAACAUCAUCAAGAGUUUACUGUUGAUUCAGAAAAUAUUGAAAGUCUUCCUAAUGAAGAGGAUGGAAGUCCAUCUCCGAAAAGAAUUAAAAUGGACAUUUUUUGUGGUGAGGUUAGUGAACUUCAUCAUGAUCAUCAGGAUGGAAGCCGUACUGAAGAGAUCAGCGUAAACUCAAGCGAUGAUGAAGAUAUUACCAAAAGUAACUCAGGGGAAGACACUGAUGCAGAUGUUACCAACAGAGAAUUGGAAGAGGUUGUUCAUGAUGUCAUGAGGAAAAGGUGUUGAAUAAGCCCUAAAUACCAUAUUAUUUCAUUUGGCUAUAUGAGAAGAGUUGUCCAGUAGAGCUAGGGUACAUGUAUGAAGAGUGAAGUGUGAUUGGGGAACUCCUGUGUUAAUAAAAUAGAUGAAAAUAUAUAGUUCAACCUCCCGUAAGCGACCACAUAAAAUGCAAAGAGUUAGUGGUCACUUACUGGAGGUGGUUGCUUACAAGAAAUAUUGAACUACAUAGGCUCUCUCCGAGAAAUGGUUCUGACACAUGUGCUUUUUGGAAGAGAAAUAAUCGCAAGCAAUUUCUAAGUGUGAUAUAUUUAUUUUGUAGUUCCAUGUUGGCAUUGAAAGUUUUUUUGCAUACUCAGAGUGGCUUAAGUACAUUUAGCAAAAAAGAGACUACACCAAUGCAUAAAGUGGACUCUUACAAGUGGUUAAAAAAUGGAACAUUUUUCUAUCGUGAGCCCCAGAAGUGGUGGUGAUUGCUUAGGAGGGUUGGUCAUUUACAAGAGGUUCUAGCUUUAAUAGGGCUUUGACCGAGAAAAAUUUGGUCUUUUAGAGAAGUAGUCGCUUAUGGGAGGUGGAUGAUCACUUAAAUAGUACAGGUGUAAUAUUGAUCUAUUGUCUUUCAAACCAGUAAUCAAAAGAAGUCUGAAAAAGUGAAUGAAGAUACCAAACAAACACAAAUUAAAAGCAAAGGCAAAAAGCAAGAAGACCCUUACAAAGUCUUUGAGCAUCUGCAACUGAGUUUGGAGGAGGUUUGUAAAACUUUCAAAGUUUAUUAAGUAUUGCCUAGUUUCAAACCAAGGGAGAAGGCCGGGUACAAUUAUUCACUUUAUUAUGGGAUAAACAACACAAGACCCUUGUAGUCAGAAAGAGCACAUUGAGGUUAGCAGUAUUCUCAAGUUUGGUGUUUACCGGGCCUAUAUUAAACGAGAUACAGCUAGUCAAAAACUUCAGAACUUACUAAGAAAUAUAGAGAUGUCCAGACCAGUACUCUAUACAUCUCUUAUUAAUUUUCAAAGUUUUAAAUAGCUAUAUCUUGUUCAGUAUUGGCCUGAUCAACACCAAACUUGAUAUAUUUCCUCAUCUCAAUGAGCUUUUCCUGACUAUGCGGGUCUCAUGUUGUUUAUCCCAUACAUGCAUACAUACAUACAUAAACUUUAUUUAUCCUCGGAUUUUAGUGUAGCUUACAUAGCUAGUGUCUCCGAUAAUAAACUGAAUCAUACCCAGCCCUCCUCGCUUUGAAAUUAGGCAAAUAUAGAUUUAAUAUACACAGAUAACUCCUUAACUACAUGUAUGGAUCAAAACUUCAUGUACAGGCCACAGAUGAUGUAAAACAAAAGACCUCUUGGUUUUCUGUUCAGGGAAAAAUCAGUGCUUGGUUUUGUUUCAUGGUUUUUGUUUUUGUUUUUUUGUCAUCUGUGUCCAGUACAUGAAGUAAAUGCCUAACUGUAAGCCCAAACAUAUAACUCACACUCUAAAACUAUGUGAGUUAUCUUGACUGAUAUUUAGGGUUGUGAGAGGAGACAUGGAGCCUGUUGUCUCUUUAAUAUUCUUGUUCAGUUCUGUAACUUUCUGUUUUUAAGGAGUUUAGUAGAUGUAGUAUAGGUGUAUGUUUUAAACUCUUGUAGUUCUCCUGAUCCUUUUGUCUAUUUGUAUGUAAGCUACAAUGUUUCUAUUAAAUUUUCCAGUCUUUCAGUGAGAAGAACCAGUGAAAGAUUACAACUUUAUCUGAUGCAAUUUGACUUCUAAUUCAGUUUAUCUUGUAGGCAUUUUUCCUCUCUUACGGACUUGGAUGUCUCUCAGUAUUGAAUAGCAAUAAGGUAGGCAAUAUGGCCUAAUAUUUUGAGGUGGUUAGCCUUUUAUUUGAUCAAAUUGUUAAAAUAUCAAAUUAAUCGACCAUUUUGUUUUGAUUUUUUAUAAUAGAAGCCCAUGUCCUUGAGUGAAAUGUGGUGUUCAUUUUGCACUGCUAAAAGAAAUUUCCUUCCAAGUUAUAUAACUUAUCACUACUUCAGAUCAAAAGGCUGGGUGCCUAAGAUAGGAAUCAAGUAUGCAACAGAUUUUGGUAAGAUUAUUGAUCAGAAGCACUUUUUGUAUACACAUUGUGCAUGUCUCAACAACAUCCUUAAGGCAGUUGUCUAAAACUUGAGGUGAUAAUGUAAACCCAGUAGCAGGGGUAGGGAGCCUGGGAUUAAAAAAAGAAAACAAUAAUGUAAGGUUCAAAAACAGCCAUUAGGCAACAAAAAUGUCUGGAACGUAACUGAAUGAAUUAAGCAAAGAGCCAAAUUCAAGAGAUUCUUAAAUUUGCUGGAUACAACUUAAAUUUUCUUUGUGUAUUUGUUAAGUAUGAAUAUGGUUUUUUUCAGUUCUUUACAAAGAGGGCAUGCCCUUUUACCACUCAAGGUAAGAGUUUUUGUAAUUUUUGCACAUUAAAAACAUAAAUAAAAUUUGCACAUUCAUUAAUUUAUCAGAUAUCUUUUUUUUCCUGUUUGAUUCUGAAUCUCUGUACAGCUGCCCCCUCCCCUCUUAGUCUAUCUUGAGUUAAUAAUUUUUUCAAUCAAAUCAAAAUAUCAAGUGUACCCAUUUUCUUUCAGUUAUUCAGUUAUUGUCCAAAUGGUUGACUCACAAUCACUGGAAGUUGAUAAAAACAGCAGUCCUUGUAGGCAGCUAUCAUGGCCUCAGUUGUGUGGAGUGAGUCGUGUAAGUGGCCAUGCUGCUAAGGUGAGACACCAAACUGUCAUAACUCUGAAUUCAUUUUUCACUUCCUUUCCCUUUCUUUCAUGUUUGGCAGCCUUCCUCUACAACUGUGUUAGCAGCCCUCAAGAAUAUUAAGCAAGCUGCCAAGGAGGAUCACAUGCAAUCCUAAACACUACAGACUAUUACCAGCCCUGUCAAAAUGGCAAUUUUUUUUUUACCAGCUUUUCUGGACACAUGCCUGCCCAGAGGAAAUAGGUACAAACGGGACUCACAGGUCCCAUGCAAGGUGCCAUCCCUACCCAAUCCCACAACCCGUGAAGGUUGGCCACACCACCAGGGUCUACAUCCCCUACUCUUUUUGAACAGUGGUGUGGGUUCUUUUACGUCCCACAAGAACAGUGAAAGUGCUGUGAGAUGGAACCUUCGGUUUUUCAUCCUUAAUCGAGAAGACUAGAAAGUCUAACUAUUUGCAGAUGUCAUUACAAAGGCAGCACUUUCUUCUCAGUCAUUUAAAAAUCCUGAGUGUUGGUCCUGCCGGGGUUUGAACCCGCUACCUCCUGCUCAGCAGACCGGCGCUCUCCCAACUGAGCUAACCAGGCGGCGGUUAAAAUUAAAGGCCAGCAAGAGAAAUAGGCAGCAAAAUAUUAAUACCAAGUCACCCCGGUCUACUGGAGGAGAUAAGCAGCUUAUUAAAGUAAUAAGUGACUGAGGUAGCAACGUUUCCAGUAGCUGAGACAUUUUGACAGAGCUGUUAUUACAUGUACAUGUCUGUAAAUGCAGCCAUUACCUAAGAAGUGAGUUGCCUGCAGUAUGUAGACUUUUUACGCCAUUUAUUCUCAUGUGUAAUAACUAAAAAAUUAAAUUGAACUCAAAGUAUUUUUUAUCUCAUGCUAAAGUGGAUCAUUCUAAUUAUAGUAAAUUGUUGGUUUUAGGAAGUGAUGAUAUGUUAUGUCAUUAAACCAUCAGGUAAGCAUGUUUUCAGGGAAACAACUUUCCUCUUUAAACCUACAAAAACUCUGGGCAAGGCUGCAGAUUAAUUAAGGCGCUUCAAGAAUACUGAAACAUUUGCCCACGUAUUCUAUCUUCAUCAGAUACAAGAACAAGGGCUACACUGCAAAUUCUUUUAAAACAAAUGUUGAUUCAAUAAACACUAAUGCUUGGACAAUUCAUGCUCUUUUUUUGUUUCUUUUUCAUAUUAUUGUAAGUAGAUAUGACCAAAGAAGAAAUGAUGUCACCAAAUUGUAUCCCAAGAUUUAAAUUACAGGUAAUUUUCUCUGGUACAUGUAACUCUGUGUAACCCUUAGGGAAGUAAGCCAUAGCCUGCUUAGCUCAACAGGACUGUUGUGUGCGGGGUACUUUCUUUGCAGUAAGUGGAGCUGCAAGGGAAAUUCAAUAAUCUCCGCUACUAAAACACAAACAGCACUCACCCGCAAAUCCCACCAGCUAACUUAUCCCACCAGGCUAACUUAUAAGCCUGUAAGGAGGCCUUUUUAUGUGGGGUUGGGCCAAGGAGGGAGGGGGUACAUAUGUCCCUAGUCUGAGUUUCAAAACCUAUGUCCCUCUCCCCUUUUUAACAUUGUACAGUGGAAGUUCCUAACCGACAUCCUAGUAAGCAGACAGCCCUACUUACAGCCUCCUGCCCAAGACCCUGCUUUUUGCAGGCUCCUCUUGGUGCCUGCAAUCCUAAUCUCCAAGUUGUUAUUACGCAUGCAUCUCAUGUAUGAGGCCAGCAUUCAGGACUUCCACUAAGAAUGUUUGGAAUGCACAGAACACACUUUGAUCACCCACUUCUGGACCUACUAUCACCUGUAAUCUGAUCAAGCGUGUUUUGACCACCUGUCACAUGAAACUUACACAAAGAACAGCUGCGGAGCAAAAGCGUUUUGACCUUCUAUCAUUGUCGCCUGCACUCCAUAACCUUUGCAAUUUACAAACUCAGUAUUUUUACAUUCCAGUAAGCAGCCAACUCCAGUUACAGACAGCUUUUUUGUGUCCUGAGGGCGUCUGAUCACGAGAGCUUACACUAUAAUUAUUUGCUUUUUUGUCACUGUCACAGUUUCAAUCCAUGUUUGUGUUGUUUGUCGCAAAUUCAGCUGUUAUAUCACUGUUUCAAGGCCAUGUAAUUAGUCAAAGUUGUCCCCCUACAGGUAACAGGCUCUGCAUUCACUCUUAUUGA